AAAAUGGAGAGCAUUCUUGAGAAAAGAUGAAAUAAAAUCCUUUCUUUAUCAACCAAAGCUCCUAAGGAAGAAUCAAAGGACUCUAGCGCUUCAAGUACUGAUCCUGAUUCUCUUCGAGAAUGCCUGGUGAGACUCAAACUUGACAAGGGCUUUAUUGAGCAGAACAUUGAGGGAAAGAAGAAACAAGAUGAGGGUCUCCCAAUUACUUACAACCCAUUCCUGCUUCAGAAUCACAUUAAACAGAAAGUUGAGGAAGAAAUGAUCAAUUAUUAUUCAGAAUAUUGUAGUAAAAUAAGUGGUUUGACUGAGAUAACAGAUAAGAUAUCUCAUAUGAUAACAAAUGACAAGGAAAAGUUAGGAAAAAGCUCCCUCGCUAGCACUGAAAUUCAUCCUGACCCUGCUCCUCUCCAUCACAACAGGAAUGAUAUCACCAGUAUCAGGAAUAAGAUCAAACAUGAACUGAAGACUAAGGAUUUUGAUAUGAGGAAAAUCAUGAACAAGAUAGAAAGAUAUGAGCUUGAGAGGAACAAAUUGGCCAUAAAAAAGGAAAUUCUACACCAACUCCAUGAGUCUAUCCAAAUCACCCCUGAAGAGGAGGAAAUACUAUUCGAAAAGGACGGGGUCGAGCUUACACCUGAUAAUUUCUCCCAUGAUUUUGAGGAGAACUUCCUCGAUGCUCUCAAGAAACUUGAUAAAAUCAAAGAGUUUGGGAAACAACUUGAGGUUGAGCAGGAGGAGAAUAAUCUCAGUAAUAGUCUGAAAGAAAGAGCUAGAUAUAUUGAGAAGAACGCCUAUAAUAAGCUUGUUAACUUUUUGAAACUGAAAAUGGAUGACUUCGAAAGCCCACUUGAAGGGGGCAGUAAAUUUAUCACAUUUGUCAAAAUUACACUCGAACUUUUAAAACAAAAGAGUGAUUAUUACAACCAUGUUGUAAAAGAGCUAAUAGAGUCUAGGCAAAGGUAUAUUGAGAAAUCUUUUAAUGAUAAGAAGUACCAGGUCAUAGGGUCCUUGCCUUCAGAUAAGCUAUCAGAACUUCUCUCAUGGUUGCAUCAAAGUUUGAUCAAUGAGAUAGAUAUCCUGAAGAGCACUCAUCUUGAAGAAGAGAGAGUAAAAGCUUGCACUAACUCCAUCUUCAACUCUUCAUUUGCUAAGGGGUUCAAGAAGGAACUUCAGAGUUUCAAUCUGAACAUGAUUGACUUGAAGGAGCUAUUUGAGAUCUUCUAUAUUUUAGAAAAUCAUGUGACCUUUAUCCUUGAGAAACAGCUUCCUAAGAUCUUUGACUCUAGUGAGCAAGAAAAUGACAAGAUUAAGCAGGAAAUUAUGAACUUCCAGUUCAUCAAACCCUUAGUCGCUUUCAGAGAGACUAUCCUGAAGGAAUUCAUUGAAAAGAGUGAAGAUAGAGUCUUAGAGUUCAAACAGUGCUUGAUCGAGGAAAGAGUAUUUGACAUUCCGAAAAUCUUUAAGGAACUCAAAUACAUCUUCAAUGGCCUCAUUGGAGUCGCUCUUAGUGAGAGCAAUACUUCUGAAGGUGUUGCAAAGUACAUUCGCCAGAUCAUUAGGAAUUUUAUCGUCAAGAUCAUCCUUAGCGCUGAGAAGGAGAACGCUGAUGGGUUUAUUAUGUCUAUUAGUGCAAAAACUAUUUGCCUUGUGAGGGAAUUUUACCUUGCACAGAGGAAAGUAUUGGAAAAUAAACCCAUGUUGGCUGAAGAAACUCAGCUUAUAACUGAAAGAAUCAGCUUUUUAGAGCAUUGCCUCAGGCUUAGUACUGAGAGAGAAAUCUGGUUCAAGCUCGGCAUGGAGUAUGAAGACCAAGAAUUUGAGUCUAUUGAGGAAUAUGUUAAGGUCCUUAACACAGCAUUUGAGAAGUUAAGAUGGGUCCCACUAAAACUUAACAGUUUACUUCAUUUUAAUGAUUAUGAAACCAAGCAGCUCAUAGCUGAAGAGGCGAAAAAUCUGGUAAUAAUGAAGCUAAAUGAGCUUUUACAAGAAUUAGUUGAGUACUGAGAAGAUUCAAAGUCAUUGCAGUCUUACGAAGGUAUUGGAAUCGAGCUCAUUGAAUCUAUUAGAAAGAAAAUAGUUUAUUAAUCGAAUUCAACCUUCUUGAAA